AUGACUGACGGCUAUGCAUCUAUUGUCAGGCUGCUCGUCAUCAUCAAUUGCCUAAACAUUGUCUUCGAAGGAAUCACCACGCAGGCCUUCGACGGCUUCGUGUUCUUCGGAACCGCAUUCUCAAGUAUCAUACUCUCGCGCUUUUUCCUCAAUCUGCGAGAAGCAGGCAGCACUACCGACGGAACGCUCUCGACCAUCCGAACUGUGCCAAGCUCCGGCCUACACUUCUCGCGCUCGCGGGGAGUUGACGGCAUGGGUGCUUCCCUCUCCGUCAUGUAG